AGUGUGAAAAGGAGGAGGGGAAAAGUAAGAGGUCGUCACCAUCCUUGACGGGCCAGAUUAUCGAGUUCUUUUGGCAAGCAGGGAAGACUCGUGUCUAGCACUUUAAGGGCCAGUAAUCACUCGUGAGCAGCGGCAGUCGGACGACUUAUCACUUUAAAGCAACAAUGGAAAAGCAAGCUGUGGAGAAAGCAAGGGUAGCCUUCAGAUCUGGUAGAUCACGACCCUUAGAGUUUAGAGCUAAUCAGCUAAAGGAGCUAAAGAGAUUUUUGAAUGAAAAAGAACAAGAGAUUGCAGCUGCACUGAAAAAGGACCUUAACAAGAACCAAUAUGACACAACACUUUAUGAACUACUUGGCCUUGAAGGAGAGAUCCAGCUUGCCUUGGAGAAUCUUGAGCAAUGGGCCGCUCCCCGUCCUGCUGAGAAGACCCUCUUAACGAUAUCAGAUGAAGUUUACAUUCAGCCAGAACCUUUGGGUGUCAUCUUGAUAAUUGGUGCUUGGAAUUACCCUGUCGCUCUUGUCGUUCAGCCUCUUAUUGGGGCUAUUGCUUCAGGGAAUGCGGCUGUGAUAAAGCCAUCAGAGGUCAGUGUACACACAGCCAAGCUUCUGGAGGAGUUUCUAACACAAUACCUUGAUAAGGAUCUUUAUCCAGUUGUAAAUGGUGGUGUUCCUGAGACUCAGGAGCUGCUGAAACAGCGUUUUGAUCACAUAUUCUACACAGGAAACUGUGCUGUUGGUAAACUGGUAAUGGAGGCAGCCUCUCAUAAUCUCACUCCUGUCACCCUGGAGCUUGGAGGAAAAAGUCCUUGUUAUAUUGACAAAGACUGUGACCUUCGCAUUGCUUGUCGACGAAUUGCUUGGGGAAAGUUUAUAAAUUGUGGGCAGACAUGCAUCGCUCCUGACUACAUCCUGUGUGACCAGAGCCUCCAAGGUCAAAUAGUAGAAGAGCUUAAGAUGGCAUUGAAGGAGUUCUAUGGUGAAGACCCAAAGAAAUCUAUAGACUAUGGUCGUAUUAUCAAUCAGAAGCAUUUUAAAAGGCUCUCAUCACUCUUAGAAGGGGCCAAACUUGCAUUUGGAGGGGAGUGCGAUGAAGCCCUCUGUUAUAUUGCCCCAACUGUGCUUACGAAUGUGUCACCACAAGACAAACUAAUGCAAGAAGAAAUUUUUGGCCCAAUUCUUCCUAUGUUGAGUGUUGGGAGUGUAGAUGAAGCUAUUCAGUUCAUCAACCAGCGAGAGAAACCUCUGGCUCUGUAUGUCUUUUCUCAUAACAAGAAGUUAAUAAAGAGGGUGAUUGCAGAGACAUCAAGUGGUGGAGUCACGGCAAAUGACGUGCUGGUACAUUUCUCUGUCAAUGCCUUACCUUUUGGAGGAGUUGGUAAUAGUGGGAUGGGAUCCUACCAUGGAAAGCACAGCUUUGAUCGGCUUAGUCAUCUUCGUGCAUGCCUUGUCAAAUCUUUGUCCAUGGAGUCUAUGAAUGCUGUGCGAUAUCCACCCUACUCGCAAAAGAAGCUGAACUGGGCACGGUUCUUCAUCCUCAAGCGUGUUCGAAUGGGGUGGCUCAGUAAGCUGUUUGUGCUAGCAAUCAUGACUGCUUUGGCAGCUGUUGUCUUGCAGCUUUACUUCAAGAGAGACUAACACAAAAACAUGUCGGAUUUCUGCUGAAGCAUCUAAGAAUCAUCAGUGAAUGGUGUCUGGAAUCCUCUUCACCUUUUAUACAUAGUAAAAUGAAAGUGAAUUUUAUAGCAUUAGUUAUUACACAGUUUGACAUACUGAAUGGUGAGCAUGAAGGAGACUAUAGUUAAUGAUCAUGUAAUUGCAACAUAAUGAAACAGUUUAUAUUUUUAAUGUUAAUAAGCCAUCAUUUAAUGUUUGAUUUUUGCCACUCGUUUUUCCCUUGAUUUCACAUAUGCCUGAUCAAGUUUCCUUUGCUCUAGUCUAUCUCGGCUCAACUAAGCUCAUGUGCUUUUAAUGUAAUAAAUGCAUCAUAUAAAUUUCUUUAUUGAUUUUUUUAGUAUAACACAAUACAAUAAAAUAUGUCACUUGGAUAGGUACAACAUUAUCAAUCUUAGUUUUUUUUUUAUUUCCUAAAACACUUAGGAAACAAAGGGAGAAUGAUUUUGGGGUACUGUAAGAUGUUGAAAGUGAGCUGUGCCCACAAAUUGCUGCCAUAGCUGGUACAAAUGUUGGGUUGACUAUGGAUGGCUAGGUCAUUUUUCAUAAUGGCAAAUAAUAAUACAGAGCCUAAGCCACAGUGUAAUAUAGAUUGUUGUAGGAUAUUUUCAGUUAAGCAAAAUUAGGGACAAAUUUGCAAGGUAGGAAAACACAGGCUAGAAAAAAUGGUGAUGAAUGAAUGUCCAUUGAGACUUAUGGGCUGCUGAGUGAAAAUGCCAGUCUGAUAGGUUUGAGUAGUGGACAAAGGGGAAAAGAAGACCAAAGGAAGAUGUGGCACCUGCUUAAAUGGAAUACUGUCUGUAGACCUUGUGUAUAGUACAGUAGUGUAUUGCUAGAGCACUUCACAUACUCACAAAAGCCAGAUUGUUUAUAUCCUUUUGCUCCAAAUAAUUUCUUUCAUAUCUUGCUUUCAGUUUAGUAUCAUGGAAGUUGAAGUGAAUUUUACUUGUCUUUUUUCAUUUCAGAACAGUGCCUACUAAUUUCAUGAAUUGUUCUCUCUCUGGAGUCUUUUGUUUGACUUAAUUUUAAUUGACUUGCACAUUUCAAGAGAAUUAAAGGAUGACAUUUUCCAUUUAUAACAUGCAAUAAAUAACUUGGUUCAGAAACCAUUCCAUAAGGUAACAGAGUCCACUUUGUUGUUGUCAUGCUAACCUGAUAAGCUUUACUAAGAAGGUCUUCACGUAAGCAUCAGGCAUGAACCCUAAGAUGUGGCUCACACUAUGUUGUUACUUUUGAUUUUUACACUAAAGCAUUGAUUUUCAAUUUUUGUUUUGUAUUAAACCUCUGAUGGUCACAUGCACUGCCAAACAUUCCUUUAUGGUCAGAACUGAUAAUUUCCUAAAUGAUUAACAGAAGCAAUUUAGAUAUUGAUGCUUUUGAAAGACUUGAGAUGUUUUUAAAGGAACAGACUUUAUCACAGCGCAAGUAAGUAAAAAUGCAAUUUGUGUAGUUUAUGCUGUGGAAAUGGUCAAGAAUGUGGACUGAUUCAUUCUGGAAAUGUAAAAAUUAUUGUAUUUUUAAAUGAUAUGAGUCAUCCUUAUUACUAUAAUUUUGUAUAUCAUCUUGUAAUUUUCCAGCUUGAAUUUCUUUAAUAAAGUAUGAAAGUUAAAAAAAAA